UGCAGUGGCUCGGCUCAAUGGUACAACGGCAGGGCUCCUCCUCAACCGUCAAGUUUGGGCAGGUAACUCACCUGUGGUCCACGCCCUCCGCUGCGCAGGUAAUGCUGAGCAGGAAGUGACUGUCAACGCCGUCGCUGUUGCUGUAAAGUGAAUGAAAAUGCCACUGCGUGUUUGCGAGAGAAACAACUCCUUUUAAAUUAUCCUCUUUUUUUGUAACUUUCUACAUUUUUUAGAAACAGGAACAUCCUCAUUUUUUAGUGAACAUGCGGCUGCGUGCGACCUGCGCGCUCCUGGGACUUUUGUUUUUGACGGUCUUCGAUUCAUCAGAAUGCCUACAGACGGUUGUCCGACCAGACAAAGGCUCGACAGUGACGGUGUCCACCGAGCUGCCUUUGGAUCAAUGUACUGUGUGUAUAGUCAGCGGGGUGAAUAACAACCAGACUUCCUGCCACCCCACUCUGUCUCUGGUACCUGAGGAGGAGGUCACACUGCUGUUCAACUGCACCCAGCCCAUUGAGCAGGCGUAUACUGUGACGAUUACUCGGACCAUUGAGUGCACUAUGGACACCUGCAGCCCUACAACAGUAGAAACUCAACCCUCCAUCCUCACACAGUUCACCAGAACCUUCACCUGGGAGCUGAAGGCACCUGAGAAGAUAAUUGUGAGCCUGGACAUCCUUGGAGAUGGACUGAUGGAGACGUCACAACAAUGCACUAAUGGGUUUCAGUAUUCGGUGGCCACAUCCAAAACAAAUGGCCGGACUCAGUAUUGUCAAGGUGGUUCUGUGACUCGUCUAGACCUGCCAAACCAAGCUGUUGUGUCUCUGCAAGUCAAACCAAAGACUCUGGUCAAAUCUGUGUUGUUCCAGGCCUCCGCUGGACCAUUAAAGGGCCGAACAAUGGUUUUAACUGUUGAUUCCAGCACGACUGUGGUAGUUACCCGGGAUCCUGGGGAACCAGGAUGUGAAGUGUGCUCUGUUGAUGGCUCCACUCCCAACUGUAGCCCUACAGAAAAGACCCUGACGAACGUUGAAAAACUCUCACUGGAGUUCAGCUGCCCAAAACCUCAGGAUAUGUACAGUGUAAAGAUGAAGAAGAAAAUAGAAUGCACCAAGAGCUCCUGCGCCCCUGCUGCAGGAGAAGUUGAUCCCAACCUCUUCAAGGACUUUAAAAGAUCCUUGACAUGGGACAUUAGUGUACCAGAGAGGACUGUAUUAACUCUGGACUUCCCUGGUGAUGGAUUAAAGGAGAUGUCUGGAGCAGAAAAUUGCCAAGAUGGCUAUCAGUUCUCAGUGAGUACAACUAAAAGUGAUGGAAAGAUCGAAACUAACAGCUACUGCAAGAGUGGCAAGGUGUCUCAUCUGGAUCUGCUUGGAGCGACGACUGUGACUGUUGAAGUGCCCAAAGAAGGAGAACUGGACUCAACAGCAUUCACUGUCAAAGCAGCACCAAGAGGUGGCAGAAUAUUGGCCGUGACCCCUGACCCUAAAACCAUCAUCAUCAUCAGCAGGGUGACCAGUGAGCCAGAGUGCAGUGUGUGCAUGAACAAGGCACCCAAACAGAUAUGCAACCCGAAAAGUCUUAGACUGACAGAUCCUCGCAACACCACAAUAGAGUUUACCUGUCCUCGACCGCAGGAUGUCUUCAGUGUGGAGAUCAACAGAGAAAUUGACUGCAAAGAGACCUCCUGUUCAGGUGACAUUGUUCAGGCCGAGUCCUCACUGUUCCCAGACUUCAACCGGACCUUCACCUGGGAUCUGAAAGUUGUCUCCACUCGGGCCUUCCAACUGGACUUCCCAGAACUGGGAAUGCGACAGAUUUCCAACGAGGAGACCUGUCCAGAUGAGCACACAUACUCUCUUGUUACCUAUCUGCGCACGGGGCCAGCAACCAUUGGUACCUUUUGCAAAGGAGGAACUGUGGUCACCAUCCUGGCUCGCUACAAGGGCCGUAUGUCUCUAAAGGUGCCUGGGGACCGGAAGCUGGAUCCUGUUGAUUUCAAACUCAAUGUUGGGCCAGAGACCAGCAUGGUCGCCAUAGUGAAAGUCAACCUACCACGAGGUGUAUCAGACACAGGCUUCAUCACAGCCAGCUAUCCCAGAGAGUUCCCUGAUAACCAGCAGAUACAGUGGGACUUCACGGUGCCCGGCAUGCACAACUACACGAUGCAUUUCCGUGAUCACACGGCUCCAGAAUGCCUCGAAGGUGAAGUGGAGGUGGAGUACCACAGAGAGGGCAAGAAGGUGACCAAACUGACUCUGGUGGAUCCUCAGCCGGCGCAUCAGCAGGGCAACUUCAACAUGGUGCUGAAGAAUUGUGAAACCAACAGGACACUACAAGGACUCACCUUGAACUACAAAGUCUCUGUAAUGAGGAGCGGUCAUCCAGUUCUGUGUACAGUGGAUCUAACCAAACACCAAGGGGUGUCCCUGCAGAUAGAGAAAGUGGGUUCUGAUCCCCUUUGUGAGAUGAGCAUUGGCUCUAAGGUUGAAGAGAAGAUAAACGUGGCUGCAGGCACUAAGGCCGAGCUCUCCUUCCUCGACUGUCCGAAUGAAGAUGUGCGUCUGACCGCCAGUGAAGUUAUUGGGUGCCAAAAUGUGGUGUUGUGCUCUACGACUCUCCUCACUGUGCCCAUACUGGAUUCCUGUCUACCGAUGCCUCUCCACCGCUUCACCUGGUACCUCAACAUCCCCGAGGACAGCGCAGUGGAUCUGGCUUCGCCCACAGGGAGUCUCCGACAGUCCCUGCCAGGCCAGGAGUGUAAUCAAUCGGAUUCCCUGCAUGUGGCAGAGGGAGAUGGGUUUUCUGUUGGAGAUUUCUGCUUCAAUGGAGUCAUCCAGAAAGUUCAGGUGCAUGCAAACGUCUCCAUCACAGCCACAGCCCGGGACUUCAGCAAGACCAGGGGGCCUUUUCUCAAUGUCAGCUUCACUCAAGAGAUCCCAGAGACCAUUAUUUACAGAGUCAGUCCAGGGAUGUCGUCUCCGACCCUGCUGGCUACCCCCAACUGGCCUCGGGGUAUGAGGCCUUCCUCCACCGUAUCCUGGAUCGUCACUCUACCGAGUCAGUACCAGGCAUACAUGCAGUUUGUCAACGUCAGCCAGCCCAAAUGCAAUGAAGGGCACACCGCCAUCAAGGUGAAGAUGCUGGGGUACGAGGAGGAGCUCAUGAGCCGCAGGGAGGACGAGGCGGCGGAGGACAAGCUGUUGGUACCACAGAGUUUCUAUCUUAACAUGGACAACUGUAUACCAGAGGAGGGACACUUUGGUGCAGUGACCAAAAUUGUUCUGCAGAAGAAGACCAAUCUCUUGGCCAUCCUCCUCGGGAUAGCAGGAGCUCUUUUGCUUUUGCUCAUAGUGUUGGCUGUUUCAUGCAUCAUCAUAAAGAAAAGGAAAAAAGACAGGAUGAACAAGGAGUCAUCCAUCUACAUCCACAAAGAGAACAUCUUCCGCCCGGGUGAUAGGCACUUCACCAAAACUCGGUCUGACAACGAAUCCCACGUCUACGACUCCAUAGACGACACGAUGGUGUACGGCCACCUGCUGGGUGACUCCAGCUACGCCGACAGCAUGCAGGACCACUUCAAAGGGAUGCAGGUAGACUCUUAUCAAACAUUUACAGGUCCCACUGAUAGAGAGUUGCCUGUAAUCAAAGAACCGGACCACGAGCCCGAGAUGGACCACUUCAAGACAUUCCUGAACCCAUCUGAAACUUUCAUCCCAUCCCGUCCACGCACUCCUAUUGCCCGGGAGGACAGCCUCGGCUUCCAGGACCGCAGGAUGGUGGACAAUGAACUGUACACGUUCAAGAGCACAGGUGAUAUAAACACGAUCCGGCUCUCUGGUGUUGACAUGGAACCACAAACACCAGUAACAGAGGAAUCCUUAUAGUGUGUUGGGAGAGUAACUGCAUGAUGGACUGCUGUUACUAAAUUCUCGUUAAAACACAGAGUAUCUCUGGACUGUAAUGAUGGGAACUUCUGAGCCUCGACCACACUCAUGGAAUCUGAGUUUGAUUCUGAAAAUGAUGUGUAUGUCGUCUUUGUCAAAACUCAGACAUUUCUAAAGCUUCAAGAGUAGAAGCUGUGAUCCUCUACUUUAAAGGAAGUUUGGCAUUUUGAGAGAUACUCUUUCGCUUUCUUGCUGAGAACAGAUCGAUUCCAUUGUCAUGUCUGUCCAGUAAAUAUAAGGCUACAGCCAGAAGCUGGUUAGCAUAGCAUAAAGACUGGAAACGGGGAAAAAACUAGCCUGGCUGUGUUCAAAAGUAACAAAAUCCACUUACCAACACCUCUUAAACUCACUAAUUAACACGUUAUAUCUGUUUAAUCUGUAUAGUGACUUCCUGUAGUCUUGUCGUCACAGUGAGAGACUCUAGGAAGUCACUGCUUCCAACCAAGAAAUAGUCCAGCACAUAACCUUAACUUUGGUUUUUAUAUGGAUUAAACAAAUGGGAUAUAAUGUAUUAAUUAGUGAGCUUAAGUGGUGUUGGUAGGUGGAUUUUGUUACCUUUGGGCAGAUGCAGGCUAGCUGUUUACCCGUUUCCAGUGUUUGUGCUAAGCUAAGCUAACAGCUGCUGGCUGUAGCUUACCGUACAAACAUGAGAGUGAUAUCGAUCUUCUCCUCUAACUCUCAGCAAGAAAGCAACAAAAAUGUCAAACUAUUCCUUUAAUGUUUGAUUUGUUUAGUUUUAUUAAAUCUAAAUGGAUUCAGGACCAGGGACUAUGAAAAAAUGUGCAAGUACCUCUGGUUCUUUUGUUUUAUAAGUGUUUUUACCGUAUAUUGUUUACUUGUCUGUUUUUAAGAGAUUUGGUUUUUCUUUACCUGUAAAUACAAUGUAGUUUUUUUGCAAUAAAUGCUAGGAAUAUGGUCUGGUGAGGAAACAGUUUACUUCUUAAGGUAAUUACUGCCAUCACACUUAAUUUUCCUUCUUAUGCUGAAAAAAAAAUCACCUUUUUCAUUCUGGAUGGUGAAAACAACUUCAACCACAGGAACUCUGGCCAUGAAAAACAGUGUGAAGGAGGGUGUGGCAGACUAAAGAUUGUAGUAGUGUGUUUUACUGGAAACCAAAAAUGCAGAAGCCAGGUUUACAUAGAGCACCACAUUUCUUGCAGAUGCAGGUUUUAAAUUUGAAAUAAAGUCUGCAUUUCUGUU